AGGGGCACCGUGGUUUUAGAAAGAGUUUGUUAAGCGCGAGCUGUCACACGGGGCAGCGAGUCAGGGACUGCGGAGCAUCGCGCGAUGCAUUGUCUGACACGAAUAACGGGUGCGUUUUGACACUUGAGACGCCUUGAUCGCGGAAAGCGUUCCGAUGCUAUGACAGUCGCUUCUCUUAAGGUAUUUCGUAUACCUUUAUUUUAACGCUAAAGACCGCGCGUCCUCGUCUGCCGUUACCCGGAUACUGCUCUUUGCAACAAGUGGGGAUUUUGGUGCGCAGACCGCGAUCCAGCUGUCAUGGAGGAGCAAAAGGAUCAAAACAGCCGUGAUUCGACCGAGUCCGAGAGCGUCUCGCUCUCCCCCAACAUACCGUCUCCUCCGAUUUUACCUCACCAGGCUGCGCAGCAAGCCCACAGAACCACGAACUUUUUCAUCGACAACAUCCUAAGGCCAGAUUUCGGCUGCAAGAAAGACCUCGGGAGCAGGGACCGGGCGCAGACCUCGGGCAGGGAGAACGUUAACCCCAUGGUGAUAAGGCCGUCGCACAACAGCAGCCUCUGCCAGGAUUCGAACUGCAGCAGCGACAGCACUUCUUCGUCCUCGUCUUCUUCUUCUUCCUCGCCGUCCUCGAAGCAGAGCUCCGCGAAGCUCGUCGAGGGAAACGGAACUACCGCGGCAAGGUACGGGGAGAAUACGACGUCGAUAAUGGUGGUGAACACUAACGGGGGAACUCAGCAAGCGAAAGAAUCACAGCCUUUACUAUGGCCUGCGUGGGUGUACUGCACCAGGUACUCGGACAGACCUUCAUCUGUUUCUACACUAGGCCCAAGGACACGAAAAUUGAAAAAGAAGAAAAGCGAGAAGGAAGACAAGCGACCGAGAACCGCUUUCACGGCUGAACAGCUGCAGAGACUUAAAGCCGAGUUUCAGGCGAAUCGGUACAUCACGGAGCAGCGGAGACAGUCGCUGGCCCAGGAACUCAACCUCAAUGAGUCGCAAAUAAAAAUCUGGUUCCAGAAUAAGAGGGCCAAAAUCAAAAAGGCCUCCGGCUAUAAGAACGGCCUCGCUCUUCAGCUCAUGGCUCAAGGACUCUACAACCAUUCCACAACAACAGUUCAAGAAGAAAAAGAAGAUAGCGAAUAAAAGUGGCCCGGCUUUCUCUCCUAACAACAACAAGAACAAAAAAAAAGGCCAUGGACGCUGUCGCCGGCGAAAGUGAUUUUUCAUAUUUUUUAUGAAUCAAAGGAAACGUCUUCGACUUCUGCGAAACGAAGAUGCGAUAUUUAAGCAAAUUUCUGUUUUAUCAUACAGUAUAUGGACAUGCAUCUAAAUACGAACACUAUGAAAAUUUAUAUAUAGCCAAAACUGUAAGAUGUGUAUAUUUAAUUCCAGGUAAGGGGACGUCUAUAUUGCUCCUUACUUGCUGAAUAUUUCUAACGUUUCUCCUCCUUUCCCGAUGUGGUUGCUCUCCGUUCCAGUAGGCCUAAGUGUCAGGCUUGUUAGAGUUUUUUGUGAUAGCCCUGUCUCUUAAAUCCCUUAUCUCCCAGUUCUUCAAAUGCGUGACUGAACCAACGCUUCAAGCCAAAGAUUUUAAUAUGUUCAGAUUAUGUUGUCUGAAAUAAAAAAGGUAGAAUGUG